AUGGACAAGAAGGCUGCCAGACCAGGGAUUUCAGCAACGAUAGAUUCUGUCAAAGUCAAUCAGAUAGUUAGAUGUAUCGAAAGCAGCUAUACGGACGCAGACUUCGCUAUGAUCAAGGAGCUCUUAGGAGUCGAGGAGCUGACACUCAAACUGUCGAAUAGUGGCUAUAACAAAACGGGUUGGUUUGGACGUGUGCCUUGUACGGAGGAUCAGUAUAAACAUAGAGGAGUUUCUCUCAACGAUGUUUAUAAGAAGCUCGCACCAACAAGGCCUAGAACGGAAGAAGAAUUUUUUCGAAUUUUCUUGACCAUGCUAUUCGUGCAAGUGAGUUUGAUUAAUAUCAGCUAUUGUUGGAAAUUUUGCAUGUUUUCGGCUUACGACGUCGAAUCUUGGCAGAAAGGCAUUGCCGAACAUCGCAAACAUCUUAGCAACUUUUUUACUGAUUUUGUGGAACUCACCUUACGAGACAACAAUCUAGUAAUUCCUGAAGAUUUUAGAGAAAAGAAAACACAGGAAGUCAAAACAUUUAUAUCCGAAUUCCAACGAAUUGCCGAAGAUGAGGCUAGAAGAAAAGUGAAGCAAGAAGAAGUUAAAUUAGUUGAGAAAGUGAAUCCUACUUGUUACGAUUAG